AUGAGUAUAUGUUUCAAAUUGAUAAGAGUUUGGUUAUGUCUCCGCCGUUGCCGCCGUCUCGUUCUCGCCGCUGCCGCCAUCGUCGCGUUCUCGCCGUUACCGCCGCCGUCGCGUUCUCGCCGUUACCGCCGCCGUCGCCUUCUCGCCGUUACCGCCGCCGUCGCCUUCUCGCCAUUGCUGCCGUCGUCGAGUUCUCGCCGUUGCGGUCGUCGUCGCGUUCUCCCCAUCGCCAUCGUCACUGAUUCAAGCAGGAUCGAUUCCGCCGCUUUGGGAGGGUUGGAGAGUAGAUCUAUCUCGAUUUACGGUGUGAGGAAGCAACCGGUAGUACAGAGGAGUGCUGGAAGAGAUAAGACGUGGCUCAAGUCAUGGCUCUUGUAUCUUUACCAAGUUGAUUUCGAGAAGUAUAAUUGGAGAGCCUUUGGUUGUGAGAAAGGCUCUUUACCAAGUUGCUUCAUGCUAAUCUGUCAAGAUUUCAUUAACCAGAUCAUGCAAGAAACUGGUGCAACGAUUAGAGUCAAUACCUCGGAGACUGAUGAAGAAGCAUUCAUAGCCAUAGUUUUCUAA